CCCCUUCCGCAGCGGGUGGCUUAGCGCGCGUGCGCAGUAGGCUCUUCCGUCAGCUGUGUUGUGGAAAUGGUGGAGAAGAAAACUUCGGUUCGCUCCCAGGACCCUGGACAGCGGCGGGUGCUAGACCGGGCGGCCCGACAGCGCCGCAUCAACAGGCAGCUCGAGGCCUUGGAGAACGACAACUUCCAGGACGACCCCCAUGCAGGACUCCCCCAGCUCGGCAAAAGGCUGCCUCAGUUUGAUGAUGAUGCAGACACCGGAAAGAAAAAGAAGAAAACUCGAGGCGAUCAUUUUAAACUUCGCUUCCGAAAGAACUUUCAGGCCUUGCUGGAGGAGCAGAACCUGAGUGUGGCCGAGGGCCCCAACUACCUGACAGCCUGUGCAGGACCCCCGUCUCGGCCCCAGCGCCCCUUCUGUGCCGUCUGCGGCUUCCCCUCCCCCUAUACGUGUGUCAGCUGCGGUGCCCGAUACUGCACCGUGCGCUGUCUGGGGACCCACCAGGAGACCAGGUGCUUGAAGUGGACUGUGUGAGCCUGGGCAUCCCCGGAGGAGAGGGCCUUCCGCGCAUCACCCCAGCCUCGGAGAGGGCUUGGCCAAAGGGAGAGGUGCUCUUCUGGACCUAGAGAGGAGCCGUUCGCUAGUUCAGCAGAGCUGUGUCCAACCUGCCAGGGAAGAGCAGUCUUACUCCCAGGGACUGUGUGCAGGGAAGUGGGCUGGGCCCUCCGCGUGCUGUUGUAAUAAAAGGUUUCAUACCAGGA